GCGGCGGCGGCGGCGGCAGCUGCAAGUUGGGCUGCAGGGGCAGCGCAUACACUACAAUGGCUGCUGGAAAGAGGCGUAAGGAAACAAUUUCCAGGCCCGCCGCGUCCAGCCCGAAAUAUGAGAAAAAAAUUUUUAGAAAUUCCGCGGGCGGUGUAAAGGCGGCGGACGGGCCGGAGGGAGGAUGUUAAAGCCCCGCGAUUGGCCAAAAUGGGAAGGACUGGAUUCCGCUCUCUUCCACGAAGAGUCAGUGGAACUGGCUAAGAUCAAGGUCUGACGCUUUUUCCAUCUGUCAUCAGUCCCUUUUUGCUUUCUUUUACGACCACAUGAAACUUGAGAAGCCACCUAAAGCUAAAUCAUUUAGUGGAGUUGGGCAGUUCCCAAGUGUCCAACAAGAAGGCCUGGUUUAGGCUGCGAUGGCCACUGUCAUUCCUGGUGAUUUGUCAGAAGUAAGAGAUACCCAGAAAGUCCCUUCAGGGAAACGUAAGCGUGGUGAAACCAAACCAAGAAAAAACUUUCCUUGCCAACUGUGUGACAAGGCCUUUAACAGUGUUGAGAAAUUAAAGGUCCACUCCUACUCUCACACAGGAGAGAGGCCCUACAAGUGCAUACAACAAGACUGCACGAAAGCCUUUGUUUCUAAGUACAAAUUACAAAGGCACAUGGCCACGCACUCUCCCGAGAAAACCCACAAGUGUAACUACUGUGAGAAAAUGUUUCACCGGAAGGACCACCUGAAGAAUCACCUGCACACACACGACCCCAACAAAGAGACGUUCACGUGCGAAGAGUGCGGCAAGAACUACAACACCAAGCUCGGGUUCAAGCGGCACCUGGCCUUGCACGCGGCCACGAGCGGCGACCUCACCUGCAAGGUCUGCCUGCAGACGUUCGAGAGCACGGGCGUGCUGCUGGAGCACCUGAAGUCGCACGCGGGCAAGUCGUCGGGGGGCGUGAAGGAGAAGAAGCACCCGUGCGAGCACUGCGAGCGCCGCUUCUACACGCGCAAGGACGUGCGCAGACACAUGGUGGUGCACACGGGGAGGAAGGACUUCCUCUGCCAGUACUGCGCGCAGAGGUUCGGGCGCAAGGACCACCUGACGCGGCACAUGAAGAAGAGCCACAGCCAGGAGCUGCGCAAGGUCAAGACGGAGCCCGUGGACUUCCUGGACCCCUUUACCUGCAACGUCUCCGUGCCCAUCAAGGACGAGCUCCUCCCGGUGAUGUCCUUGCCUUCCAGCGAGCUGCUGUCGAAGCCGUUCCCAAACACGCUGCAGCUGAACCUCUACAACACUCCGUUCCAGUCCAUGCAGAGCUCGGGAUCCGCCCACCAGAUGAUCACAACUCUGCCUUUGGGCAUGACGUGCCCGAUAGACAUGGAUGCCGUCCACCCCUCUCACCACCUUUCUUUCAAAUACCCGUUCAGUUCUACCUCAUACGCGAUUUCCAUCCCCGAAAAGGAACAGCCGCUGAAGGGGGAGAUCGAGAGCUACCUGAUGGAACUGCAAGGCAGCGCGCCCCCCUCCUCCCAGGACUCUCAAGCGUCGUCGUCCAAACUGGCGUUGGAGCCGCAGAUCGGGUCGCUGGAUGACGGCACAGGGGACCUCUCCCUGUCAAAAAGCUCGAUUUCUAUCAGCGAGCCCCUGAACACGGCAGCGUUGGACUUCUCUCAGCUGUUUAAUUUCAUACCGUUAAGCGGGCCCCCCUAUAACCCCAUAUCGGUGGGGAGCCUGGGGGUGGGCCCUCCUCAGGAGGAGGUACAUUCUUCCGCGGCGCAGCCCCCGCCCCAAGCCCAGGAUCUUCCGGACCCCGCCAGCUCCGUAGGCCUGGGCUCUCUGCACUCGCUGUCGGCAGCCUUCACCAGUAGUUUAAGCACAAGCACAACGCUGCCACGCUUCCACCAAGCUUUCCAGUAGGCUCCACCGCGCGGACCCGUGACAGGAGUGUGUGUGGGGCCCUGCCUGCCUUAGGCGACCAUUUUUAUUGUAGUGCCUACUUUCAGACAGUGUAAGACUUUCUGCUUCUGUAGAGUACCAGUUUUCGUUAAGCCAGUAUAAAAGAGAAACUAGCCUUUUAAAUGAGCUUUGGAACCAUUCGUGUUCAGUUACGUUUACCUGGGUAUUCUGUCCUGACUCACUGCCAACUGUCACACUUUAAGAUGAUUUCUCGCACAGGAAAGCCGUUGUUAGUGGUAAAGUCUUACCAACCCCGUGUUCCAAUUACUGUUAGAUCUUAAAUUUUUCUUUUUUUGUCCGAUAACAAUGGCUCUACCUUUUGACGUUUGGCUCAUUAAACCGUUUUGCAGGAGAGUUGAAUUUUCUAAAAUGUAUAUGAAUGACCUGAGCGUUGUAAAACUUUUACUAGCCUCUAAAUGGAUUAAUAAUCAAAAGCUUCAAAGGAAUUAAGAAUCCAGUCCGGGGACAUGACAUAUGUUUCCUAGCUAGACCAUCAUUUCAGGUCAGUAUAUUCUGAAGACUUGCUGUCGUCUGGCUCAAACGUUUGCCGUCUUUAUUAUGCACUUAGAAGAAAAAAAAAAAAAAAAAAAAAACCGAAACACGAAGCACCAGUAUCUGCAGCAAAAAGAGACCCCUAGUAAGGUGACACGGCGUUCCACGUUACUUAAGAGUUGGCCUUAAUUAGUACACAGGAUGUGUGCCACGUUUUAUACUUGUUGCUCUCUUUCCGUUCGAUUCAUACUAAUAGUGUAUGGCAUCAGAGUCUUCAGGCAGUCUCUGCAUGGAUCCCUUUCGUCUUUUCCAGCUUACAUGGCCAGAGGGCAGGUCAGGCAUAGCCAGCAGUUUUCCUCGGAUCGUCAGUGCACAGCCGGCCCAGAGUCCAGAGCCGUUGGGGAGCGCAGGUGUGUUUAUCCCGGCAGGGGACGGGGGGGAGGUGUCUCCGCUUCUAGGGUGAGAGACCCUAGGCAGGGGGACGGAUGUGAGACCUGCAGCUCUGCCUGGGAACUUGUCUGCGGAUCGCGUCCCCCUGUCGCCAGGGUGGAAGCGAGAUCCCUUAGGAGUCAAGUCAAAGCACAUGGCUUAUGUCACUUCUUGCUAAAUUUGAGGCAGUUCGCGGUCCCUGAGCACCGAAAACAGAAAGCAAAACAACAGCCCUGCUCCCGUGGCAUCUUUCUGAUUCAGUGUUAAUUCAUCUUUCCUUGCUAUUCGUGGACGGAGACUUUAAAGUUAAAUGCAUUCGAAAACUAUUUGAGGAAUGACCACAGAGUCUUAAGCGACUAAAAAUAUAUACAGUAAAACCCCACUUUUACACGUCUCUGGGAAACGGGAGGAACGUUGCAAAUGAGUUGAAUUUGUAGAGGGAGGGAGGAAGGUAGAGCAAAACAAGCACUCUCUUAGUGAUUGUGAGAAGAACAAUCGAGAACAUUGUGUUCAGCGAAUACAACAGUUACUAUGGGCUUUCUUCAUGUUAGGCAACCAGCAUAUGUUCUCAAAGGUCGAAUUAUUAUUCUGUUUUUCUAAUAAUCAGUUGGGGCAUCAACCUAAGAAACAUAUCUAGUAAGCACUUGUUAACACCUUAUUUGGGGACCCUGUCUGCUGGGGUGGGGUAUGAGGAGGGAGGGUUUAUAGAAGAGUAUAUAUCUCUUUAAAAAAAGAGAGAGAAAAAUAUUUCUGAGCACUCAUCUGCCCUAUGCGGAAGCUUCUUUUCCCUUUUAUAGGGCCAAUUAUCACUGCAGAUUUCGAUGUUUACCAAGAAUUCCUAAAAAUGAGUGCAGAUUACUGAAUAGAAUACAUUAUUUAAAAUAUUGGGGAGUAGUAUAAUUUGUGGAGAAAUGUAAAUUGUAAUAAUG